AUGAUAAAACAAGCCAUCGAGGACAAAAAACGUCACGAUGCCGACGACAUCCAGAACUCCCGACACUGCAAAGUUCUGGGGCGUAGUGGAGAGAUCGUUACAAAGGAGUGGCAAGAAGUCGUAGUAGGAGAUAUUUUACGUCUCGGCGAUCGCGAUGAAGCACCUGCAGAUGUGUUUAUCCUCUCGACGUCCGAGGAAGAAGGUCGGUGCUUUGUUGAAACCUGCAACUUGGACGGUGAGACGAACCUGAAGCGAAGGUCCGCAAUCGAACAAGUGGCACAACACGUUGGCUAUAGGAAGGUCAAUGACCCUGCGUUAUCAGAGAGUGACCACGGCAAGCAAACGAUGAAGCUGAAUGCAAUGAUGGAGUACGAACAGCCCAAUAAUCGGCUGUACAACUUCACAGGCAUGAUCGAGUCUGGUCCUAACAAGGAGUCAGCUCCGAUUGGUCCCUCCAACAUCAUUCUACGCGGUUGCAGUGUUCGCGGCUGUGCGUACAUUUACGGGGUUGCUAUCUUUACCGGCUCCGAGACCAAGUUGAUGCAGAACGCACGCUCAACGCCUUCAAAGCAGAGCAAUGUGUACAAGGUCGUGAACCGCUGCAUCCUGUUGAUUUUCAUCACUCAAUUCGUGCUCUGUAUCAUCAGUACGAUUUGCAACACGAUCUGGAUGGACAAGUACCAGGCGAAGCUCUGGUAUUUCGGCUCCGCUUUUGCACAGACGUCGUCUGCUUCGAACUUGGUGAGCUUCUUCACGUUUCUCAUUUUGUAUAACAACCUGGUGCCGAUCUCGCUGUACGUGUCGCUGGAUAUGGUGAAGGUGUUUCAAGCGAAAAACAUCGCCUCGGAUCCCGAAAUGUGCCAUGAAGGGACGUACGCGAACGCACGGACAUCGGAUUUGAACGAGGAACUCGGACAGGUGCAUCACAUUUUCAGUGACAAAACGGGAACUCUGACGUGCAACAUCAUGGAAUUUCGGAAAUGUUUCAUAGCUGGUGUGUCGUAUGGUUUCGGUACUACCGAGAUCGGUCGAGCUGUCGCCGAGAUGGCAAAGAAGAAUGCGGAAGCGAAGGGAUUAUCCAUCGACGCGAGUGAUAAAGAAGACGAGAAACACCAUGACCCAAAAGACGCUCAGGUUGACUUUAAUCCUCUUAUUCACUUCGAUGACCCACGCUUAGUCAAUGCUCUAGCCGCCAAUACUCCGGAGGCUAAAGCUAUUGAUGAGUUUCUCACCGUGUUGUCCGUAUGCCACACGGUGAUCCCAGAGAAGAACGGGAAAACUGGAGAGGUUGAGUACCGUGCUUCCUCUCCAGACGAAGAAGCUCUUGUAAAAGCUGCCAAGUGUUUAGGAUACAAUUUUUACGCUCCAGCGCCGCUUCUUGAAGUCAAAGUGACGAAGAAAAAUGAAUCGUCCACUGUGCGGAAGUACUCAAUUCUCAAUGUGAACGAGUUCAACAGCACUAGGAAGCGAAUGUCGGUCACUAUACGUACCGAAGAUGGACGAUACUUUCUCUACUGCAAGGGAGCGGACAACGUCAUGAUGCCUCGCAGUAAAGUUGACCAGUUUUCUGCCAAAAUGGAUGAGGAAUUGAAGCGAUUUGCUAGCGAAGGGCUUCGAACUUUGGUGAUCUGCAGUAAGGAGCUAACGGAGGAGGAAUAUGUGGCUUGGGAUGUUAAAUAUCAGGAAGCUGUGACGUCUCUGACAAACCGAGAUGAACGAUUAGAAGAAGUAGCCGAGUUGAUCGAAACCGAAAUGAAAAUGGUGGGCGCCACAGCAAUCGAAGAUAAAUUGCAGACUGGCGUUCCCGCAGCCAUCGCGAAUCUCGCCCAGGCAGGGAUAAAGAUCUGGAUGCUUACGGGUGACAAGGAGGAAACUGCGAUUAACAUCGGCCAUGCCUGUCAGCUGAUCAAUGAGGGAAUGCAAUUGCUUGUCAUCAACAGCGAAGAUCUCGAUGACUUGGGCAGACAAGUUGACAAAAUCUACAAACUCGAAGCUGUGCAGUCACAUUUGAGCGCCAAGACGGUUUCCAGUACUCUCGCUCUCGUGUGUGACGGCAAGGCGAUGGUACACGUCUUCCCACCGAAGAACACGUCGUCAGAGCGAGCACUGCAUGCUGCAAAAGUUCUCUCACAAAUGCUUUUAGAUAUUUCGAGUGUUUGCCACGCAGUGAUUGCGUGUCGAGUCUCCCCUGCUCAAAAAGCAGACAUUGUGAACCUCGUUCGGUACAACUCACCGCAAAACCCGAUCACAUUAGCCAUCGGAGACGGAGCAAAUGAUGUGAAUAUGAUUCAAUCCGCUCAUAUUGGCAUUGGAGUGUCAGGCCAAGAAGGAGUCCAAGCAGUCAAUGCCAGUGACUAUGCUAUCGCCCAGUUCCGAUUUCUCGAACGGCUUCUUCUUGUCCACGGUCGCUACAACUACCAGCGGAUCUCCAAGGUCAUUCUCUACUCGUUCUACAAGAACGUCGCUCUUGUCAUUGCUCUGUUCCUUUUCAACUUCUACAAUGGACAGUCAGGUACGAGCGUGUUCGAGAGUUUUGUCAUGGCUGGCUGGAAUUUCUUCCUGGCGUUGCCAAUCAUUGCGAUCGGCGUUUUUGAUGAGGAUGUCGCGCCCGAACAAGUUCUUCGUAACCCGACACUGUAUGUCCCUGGCCAGAGAAACGACGGGAUCAACAUGAAGCGGUUCUCAAUCUGGCUUAUCAAUGCCAUGAUCCAAGCAUUUAUCUGCUUCAUGCUGGCAAUGUACGGCACAAUCAACGUCGAUGGCUUGAGUGUAGGUCUCUAUCUACAGGGCAGUGUCAUCUACUCAGUGCUACUGAUGUCUGCGAACGUGAAAGUUGUACUGGAGACCCUAUCGUGGACAAAGGUCAACCGAAUGGUGCUGGCGUUUAGUCUAUGGCUCUUCUUCUUCUUCCUGCUCGUGUUCCCUUUCAUGGGCGCUCUUGGACUCGAUCUUUACGGUGUAUCGUUACGGCUGCUAUCAAGUGCCAGUGACCGACAAGGCACCAGUACCAAGAAAUCCAAAUUAUUUACACACGUCUGCAAAGACAACGGCUCGAUUGAGACGGAUCACAGCGACUCCAAGGAUGACCGCGAAAUGGCACAUCACAAGGAUUUUCACCGCGAAGCUGAUUUCAUCGAACUCACUAAGAUUUCUCGACACAAACGUCGACAGUAA